UUAUGAUAUAAAUGAAAAAGAUUUUUUAAAUAAUAAAUCAUUAACAUCAAUAUUAUCAUCAAAUGAUUGGAUACAAUUAACAAAUAUUCGUAGUGCAUAUGAACAUUUUUGUCUAUAUCCUAUAUUACGUGCUGAAGAAGAACGUGAAGAAUAUUUAAAUACUCUACCAAUUAAAUGUCGUUUAAAAGAACAUUCAUUUAUAAAUGUAUUAAAUACACGUUUAGUAUCGUUAACUGCAUUUUUUCAUGCAACUAUAUCAGAAUUUUCAGUUGUAAUAAAUAAUAACGAUCGUCAAUGGUUAAUACGUACAAAUUUACAUUAUUUAUUUUUAUUUUCAUCAAUGGAUUUAAUGAAUAUCAGUGGAAAUUUAAUACAUUUUGAUGAAACUAAAGCUUGUUAUAAUGUUUAUUUAUAUGUUUAUGGACAAGAUUUAUUAGUACGUGGACAAUAUUUAGUACAUAAAUUAAAUAAUUAUAUUGGUUCUGAUCCAAUUAUAAGUAAAAUUAUGCAAAUUAUUUUAUUUCUUUCACCAUGUUUAGUUACCAAUUAUUUACCAGCUGUAAGCUCUUAUCAACCACCAUUAGAAACAAUCUUACAAAUAGUUCAUUCACAAGAACAAUAUACUCAAAUAUUAUGGUCGUAUUUAAUUUAUCGUUAUGGAGAAAUUGAAGCACAAAAAUUAUUUAUGUUAACUAUUGGACAAAUUUUACAACAGCAAAACUAUGGAGCUGAUAUUGAUGAACGAUUAAUUGAAAGACAACCAUUUGGAAAUCUUGUUUAUACAAUAUUAACAUCAUUUUCAAUGGGUUAG